UUUCAUUUCUCGUCUGGUGAAAGUGAUGCAGCGCCGCGAAGAGCCCACGACGACGACGAUGACCGAGCCUGUGACGCCGUCUGGUCUCUUCUCCAAGCUGCCGUCGGCUUUCUGGGCGCGCAAACUCAAGGCCGACGAUAAUGGCAAGGGUUCUAUGGGUGACGACAUGCCACUCUCGCCCGCCAUGAGCACGACGUCCGAGUCGUCGUCGGCGGCGUCGUUCGACUCGACCGCUGCGACCCGCGUCCACGCCAUGGACGACUUUGCCGCCUUGGUGAUGGACAACAACCAUUUGGACCCGAUGGCGGCGGCGGAUCUCGAGACGAUCGCUCGGCUCGCCAAGCAAAACGAGUUCUUAACGCAGCUGCUGCGCAAGGUGACGGCCAAGGUGUCGUCGAAUCGCCACGACAUGACGGUGCAGCACCACCGCAUCCAGGACCUCGAGCGCGCGCUCGCCAUUGCGACGCAAGCGCCGCCGACGCACGAGAUCUCGUGCCAAACGGACCUGGACAUGGAGAGCUUGGACCAGCUCAACGCGAACCGGGAAGCCAACGAAGCCAUGGCGUGGCAGCUCAAGAUCGCCAACGCCAAGGUCACGUCGCUCAGCAAGUGUCUGCAGACCGAGCGCGCCGACCACGACGCCAAGAUGGCCGACCAAGCGCGCAUCAUCUUCCAGCUCGAGCAGCAGCUCAACCAGUUUGCCAGCGCGCCCAUGCCGCCACCGUCGUCCAAGGCGAUCGUGCUUCACACAAACGCUCGCAGUAAUCACGCGAGUGUGGCAGUCAUCCCCGCCGACAGCGUCGGGUACAUCCAGGAACUCCACAGCAUUCUGGCCACGUUCCUGCGGCAAACCAUCGGCGUCGACAUCAUGUCCUUCUCGACCAAAGCCGGGCUCAUGGACCUCGGCAUGCUCAAGGCCCACCUCAAGUCGACGACCUUUGCCUCGCGGCAGUCGACGCCGCCGCCGCCGCCGAGCCAGAAGCACCUUGUCGAGCUCGAUAGCAUUCAGGACCGCGUCCUUGCGCGCAUGGAGGCCGCGCGGGUCUUCCUCGCCACGUUUGCGUCGUCGCCAAUGGCGGCCGAAGACAACUACGAUCUCUUUGGCGAAGCGUCGGCGUCGUCGACCACGUCCUAAGUCGCGUGUCCCACGGUAGUCUUAAUUAUUUUCAAUUUUUUUCGUCGGUA